AAAAAAACGAAAAUAGAAAAUAGAAAAGUAACCGAAGACAAAGAACAGAGUGUCAUUAAUAUUCAGUACCAGCGACUUCUUCUUCUAUUUUUCUUUUCUUUCUCUCAUUCUUCUCCUUCAUAUCCAUCUCCAUAAUUAGCUUGUAGGUUAUGAAGUUGUUGUGUUUGCUGUGAGUUGUGAGAGGAGAUUUUUUCAUAGGUUUCCUUUUCUGUGAUGAUGGCACAAAACUUAACGGGGCAGCUUGUUGGUUCAGAGAUACAUGGCUUCCACACUUUGAGUGAUCUUGAUGUUGGGGAAACUUUGGAGGAAGCAAAAAGCAGAUGGCUUCGUCCAAAUGAGAUUCAUGCCAUUCUCAGCAAUUACAAAUAUUUUACUAUUCAUGUCAAGCCAGUGAAUUUGCCCAAAAGUGGUACUCUUGUACUAUUUGACCGCAAGAUGCUUAGGAACUUCCGAAAAGAUGGGCACAACUGGAAAAAGAAAAAUGAUGGGAAAACUGUUAAAGAAGCUCACGAGCACUUAAAAGUUGGUAAUGAAGAGAGGAUCCACGUAUAUUAUGCACAUGGCCAAGAUUGCCCAAGCUUUGUUCGAAGAUGUUAUUGGCUGCUUGAUAAGAGUCUGGAGCACAUAGUCCUUGUUCAUUAUCGUGAGACACAGGAGUCUCAAGGCUCUCCUAUUACACCGGUAAGUUCAUUAGGUUGUGGAUUGACACAGUCUCAAGGCUCUCCUUUUACACCGGUAAAUUCAAAUUCGAGCUCUAUUUCUGAUCCAACUACGUCGUGGAUUCCAUCAGAAGACUUAGAUUCUGGAACCAAUAGUGCUUUUACUAAUGGGCUGAAUGGAAAUUUAACAGGUAGAAGUCUUGAACAGAAGCUUCAUGAGCUCAAUACACUUGAAUGGGAUGACCUAGUGGCUUCUCAUGGUAAUACUAGUACUAUACCCAAUGGAGCAGGAAACGAACCACAUUUCUAUCAACUAAAUCAAAGCUUAAUGAAUGGAAGCGUUAGCAAUGUUGCCGGGAGUCCAGCAGAAGUUCAUUCUUUUGGGAAUUCACCUCCACUAGAGUCUGGGACUAGUAAUGUUUCUUACAGUUUCCAAGAAUGUGUUAACCCUCAAAAGAAUCAUGCUAUCACUUUUGGUGGUGUUGAUUCCGUGGAUAACACUUUAGUCAAUGAAGGCUUGCAAAGUCAGAACAGCUUUGGAAAUUGGAUGAACAGUGCCAUUUCUAAUACACCAUGUUCUGUAGAAGCAUCAGCUCUUGAAUCAUCAAUUGCUUCAUCUGUUCAUGAUCCAUUUUCAUCCCUGCGGAUGGACAAUAAUCAGCAACCUUCACUGCCGGAACAAGUGUUUCAUAUCACUGAAUUGGCCCCUGCAUGGGCUUCUUCCACGGAAAAAACAAAGGUCCUGAUAACUGGAUAUUUUCACCAUGAUUAUCAACACUUUGCAAAGUCCAAUCUAGUGUGCGUCUGUGGCGAAACAAUUGUUCCUGUAGAAAUUGUUCAGGUUGGAGUUUACCGAUGCUGGGUAUUGCCGCAUUCUCCAGGAUUCGUAAAUCUCUAUUUGAGCUUUGAUGGCCAUAAGCCCAUUAGCCAAAUUGUUAAUUUUGAGUAUCGUACUCCUAUUUUGCACGACCCUGCUGCUUCGAUGGAAGAUACAUACAACUGGAUUGAGUUUCGACUUCAGAUGAGGCUUUCUCAUUUGCUUUUUACAACACAAAAGACCCUUGAUUCUUUCUCUAGUAAAGUAUCACCUACUGCACUCGAAGAGAGUAAAAAAUUCGCCUCCAAAACAUUAUUUAUUUCCAAAAGUUUGCAACACUUUAUGAAGUCGUCCGACGCAAACACAACUCCAUUUCCGCAAGCAAAAAAUACCUUCUUCGAAAUUGCGUUGAAGAACAAGUUAAGAGAAUGGCUUUUGGAACGAAUUGUACUAAGAUGUAAGACUGCGGAGUAUGAUGCACAAGGGCAAGGUGUGAUUCAUCUGUGUACACUUUUGGGAUAUACUUGGGCUAUUACAUUAUUUUCAUGGUCAGGCUUGUCGCUCGAUUUCCGUGACAAAUUUGGAUGGACAGCUCUUCAUUGGGCAGCAUAUAAUGGAAUGGAGAAAAUGGUUGCGACUCUAUUGUCUUGUGGGGCAAGGCCUAACUUGGUGACAGAUCCAACUCCACAAAAUCCCGGUGGCUGUACUGCUGCUGACCUUGCUUACAUGAAUGGAUAUGAUGGUUUAGCCGCUUAUCUUUCGGAAAAGUGUUUGGUUGAGCAGUUCAACGACAUGAGCUUAGCUGGAAAUAUCAGUGGUUCACUCGAAACCACCACGACUGAUCCAGUAAAUCCAGAGAACCUUACCGAGGACCAAUUGUACCUAAAGGAUACAUUGGCAGCUUACCGAACAACAGCUGACGCAGCAGCACGCAUACAAGCUGCGUUUAGAGAGCGCUCACUAAAAUUGCGCUAUCAGUCGGUUCAAUUUAGCAGCCCGGAGGAGGAAGCACGCCAAAUAGUAGCAGCAAUGAAGAUUCAACAUGCCUUUCGCAACUUUGAGACAAGGAAAACGAUGGCAGCCGCUGUUCAUAUUCAGCAUAGAUUCCGUACGUGGAAGUUGCGUAAAGAAUUUCUCCACAUGCGGCGUCAGGCUAUAAAAAUUCAAGCUGCAUUCAGGGGCUUUCAAGUGCGUAGGCAAUAUCGUAAGAUUUUAUGGUCUGUUGGAAUUCUUGAGAAAGCAAUCCUCCGUUGGCGUUUAAGGAGAAAAGGUUUUCGCGGACUUGAGGUGAGUCCUGUCGAAGAGAUGAUAAAUGAGAAGCAUGAAAGCGACGUAGAAGAAGAGUUCUUUAAGACCGGUAGGAAACAAGCAGAAGAACGUGUUGAGAGGUCUGUGGUACGUGUACAGGCAAUGUUCCGAUCGAAGAAAGCACAACAAGAGUAUAGCAGGAUGAAGAUGGCCCAUAGUCAAGCAAAGCUGGAACUUGAAUUAGAAGACCUUCUCAAUUCUGAUGUGGACAUGUUAACAACAAAGACAGCAUAGGUUGUUCCUAUGAAAGGUUUUAUGUUUCUGGAAUGCAGUCAACUCCUUUAGUCUUGUGUAAUGUAACAAACUAGUGAUAAUUUGGUGCUUUUUUUUUUUUGUAUAGCAUGUAGAUCCUGUAAAUUUCAUAGUGUGUAAUUUCGAUGCAUGAUGACCCUUUCAAAAUGCUUUAAUAUCUUGAAAUGGGGUCAUCUUUAAAGCUUUCAGCUUAAUUAGGUGUUUGGUGGAUGCUUUUGAGCCCUUCUUUAAUGUGAUUAGACAUAAAUGUUGUCAGCACUUUUAUGUAUUGAUAAAGUUUACACUUUAUAAUGAGUGAUUAAUGUGGAAUAGAACACUAGCAUACAAUAAUUGAUUACAU